AUUAGGGAUUUAAGAUGGAAUAACAUGGAUGUGACACAGAAAGCACGACAGGACUCCCCAAAUAUUGAGUCCUUGGAAAUAAUGUAAUUAUUAUCCACCCUUCAAGGGAACAGAGACUAUGAGUGGACAGGGGAUCCAGGGGAGCAAUGACAGAGUUUCAAAUGAAUUUAUGAGCUCUGACAGACCAACACAGAAUCUUAAUUCUUCAGAGGUCUCUGGUGUCGUUUUGAAUAAUUAUCAUGGUGGGAAAAUUCUCUCAAAUCUAACCAUACUUCAACCCAUGGAUCUUCCGCAUUCGAUUCCUCUUCAAAUUCCUUUUCAAUCCAAUUCUUCUAAUCUUCAACUGCCUCAGGACUGUAGAGUUCAGCCUCAAGUAUUCUCUAGUCAUCCGACACAGCCUCAACCUCAACCUGAGGUUGAUGAAAGCGAGGAUGAGGAUAUUCAUGUUUGUGGAUCCUGUAAAACCGAGUUUAAGAUCUACAGUGAAUUUCGUGCACACAAAACCACAUGCAACAAACGGAAAAAAGUAAGCAAUGCUGCGCAACAUUCUCAAUCUCCAAAUCUAAAUAGCUCGGCUGCAGUUGAUCAGGAAAUAAGGAUUCCAUCAGCGCCCCUGUAUCUGCAGAAUCAGGAGGAGGUAAAUCAACAGUCUGUGGAUGUUUAUGAGACUGUGGAGCAGGAUGAUAUUCCAGUGUACGCAGAAAAUGCGUACAGCGAGGGAUGUAUAGUAACGCAUGAGCAACUGGUUUCAGUACAGCCAGCUGUGCUUCAGCAGCCUAGUAUUAGUAUUCUGAGUCAAGUGCCGUCUCCUGCCUCUGCUACUGAACCUCAAUCUGACCUACCUUCCCCUCAAUCUAAGGUAGCACUGUUCCAUGUUUGUAGUUUUGUUGGUUGUUUGUUUAGUUCUAGAUAUAGGAAAGAUCUUGAUAGACAUCUUCGUACACACACAGGUGAGAAACCCCAUUCCUGUGAUCAAUGUGGAAAAUCUUUUGCCAGACAAGAUAAAUUAAAAAGACACAUGAAUAUUCAUACAGGUUUAAAGAAAUAUUCUUGUCCUCUCUGUUUUUACAAAACCUACGAGAAGUCUCAUUUCACCAAACAUACAAGAGUUCAUACUGAUGAGAGACCAUAUGAUUGCCAGAUGUGUCCUUACCGUUGUAAAAGCAGUUCUCAGCUGACAGUCCAUUUAAGAACUCACACAGGUGACUCACCUUUCAUCUGCUCCCACUUCUCCUGCUCUGCAUCCUUCAAAUCUAACUCUGAUCUGAAAAGACAUGAAAAGACCCACACCGGUGUCAAGCCAUACAAAUGUGAUUACUGUGAUCAUAGGGUUGCAAUCAAAUCUAACCUUAAAGCUCAUGUGAGAGCAAACCACAGGAUGAACGAGGUGUUCAGCUGUAAUGCAGAAUCAUGUAACUUUGUAACUUGUGAUAAGGUUGAAUUGCGUGAGCACCAGCGGAAGCACGCUGAUCUAUUCCACUGUAACAUCUGCAGCUUUACAUCACAACAACGAUCCUGCUUUACCAGACAUCUGGCUAAACAUAGGAAUUUGUCAGAGUUCAAGUGCGAGUACUGUUCUUACACCUGUAAAUCAAGCAAUGUGCUUUCUAAUCAUAAGAACAGGAGGCAUGCGCACAAUACGCCGGGGUCGUCUUUCUCUAAGUCAGAAAGAAAACAGAAUAGCGACAAGAUGGAGGAUAAAAGUCCAAAGAAGAAAGUUUUAAUGAAAACAAUCUGCAAACCAAACUUUAAAUGUGCAAUAUGUAAUGGAGAAUUUGUAAGGAGGGAUUCAUUACGAAGUCAUCUCAAUCAACACAAGAGUUUAGGAACACCAGUUCCUCAUAUUGGAUGCAUCAAGGAGACCUAUGUGAGUGGAACAUCUUCAAGAGAACCUGCUGUCAAGGUUCUAAAAUUAGUGUCGGCUGAAGGUAUUAUUUUCAAUCCCCAGGACAAUAAAACCGACUCGAACAUAUUCUUCUAAAUAUGUAAUCUUUCACUCACUUCAUCUCAUCAUUUACACUUCUAACUAAGAUCUGGUAUUACUAUUUCUAGCUAAGAUCUGAUAUUACCCUUUCUAGCUAAGAUCUGUUAUUCACAAUUCUAACUAAGAUCUGGUAUUCACAUUUCUUACUAAGAUCUGAUAUUACCAUUUCUAGCUAAGAUCUGUUAUUCAGAAUUCUAACUAAGAUCUGGUAUUCACAAUUCUAGCUAAGAUCUGGUAUUCACAAUUCUAGCUAAGAACUGAUAUUCACAUUUCUAGCUAGGAUCUGGUAUUCACAAUUCUAGCUAAGAUCUGAUAUUCACAUUUCUAGCUAAGAUCUGGUAUUCACAUUUAUAGCUAGGAUCUGAUAUUCACAAUUCUAACUAAGAUCUGGUAUUAUUAUUUCUAGCUAAGAUCUGGUAUUACCAUUUCUAGCUAAGAUCUGGUAAUCACAUUUCUAAUUAAGAUCUGAUAUUACCAUUUCUAGUUAAGAUCUGGUAUUACCAUUUCUAGCUAAGAUCUGGUAUUCACAAUUCAAGCUAAGAUCUGGUAUUCACAUUUCUAGCUAAGAUCUGGUAUUCACAAUUCUAGCUAAGAUCUGGUAUUCACAAUUCUAGCUAAGAUCUGGUAUUCACAAUUCUAGCUAAGAUCUGGUAUACAGAUUUCUAGCUAAGAUGCUGUACUUAAAUUUCAAACUCAAGAUAUUCCGAAAGGAUUUAACAUUUAAUU